AUGAUGAUAGAGAUCUAUGAAGGAGAGAUGUGUGGUACAUGUGAGCCGCUGGCCUCAAUACCAAGCAAUCCUCCUCGGGGAAGCACCGGUCAAAGUCUCGAGCCUGAGGCAGGGCCGAGGGUAUGCGAAGUCGUACGACCCCACAUCGCUAAAGAAUCCAAAGGAACCUCAAAUCUAAAGAGCGUUUCGAGUGUAAAUAUCCCUUUACUUUACCAAGCACUGUCUUCACCCCUGAUGAACUCGCUACCACACAACGUCGUUCUAAAUGGAAGUGCAUAUAACCUGCUCGUAUGCGAAUAUGGUUGA